CACUUUUGUCCUUUCCUAAUGUCUUGCUAAUUUCAGGUUCACUAGCAAGGACCACAACAACAUGUCGUCUCAAUGUUUAGUUGUAAUUCAGGAGGUGUUGGUUGUUGAGGACUGGUGAAUGGAUGUAAGUGAGGGUGAAGGUGGAGGAGGGACGUCCUCUGGUGAUCAGGCAGAGGGAGACUCAGAGUGGGGGUUCAGUCUCAGGCUGAUUACAGGCCCUAAGACAGUACCUAGAAUGAGACGUGGGAGAAGUUUGCACCGGAUUGAAUAAGACGAGAUGAGGGAGGAUGAAGGAAAGUUGGUACGGAGGAUGAUGGAUGAAGAGAAGGCAAAGGGACGAUGGGUCGAGACAUCUGAGACAAACAGCAGGACGGGUGGACCAGGUAUAAGAAGGCUGUGCAGGUAAUUAGAGGUGAGUUCGAGGCGUGGCCCUGCUCCUGAUGAAUUAACCUCAUGUAACUUCUUUUGAAGAUGCUCAUUGCUUUCUUCCCACAGCCACUUUGUUCAGGUUUCAAGGGGUUAAUGCAGCACCAGCACCUGACCUUCUGACCUCAGUGACUGUCACUUCAGGCUGCAGCAGCACAAACAGGGAGCUGUAACAUCAGUGAUGGCAGACACACUCACUGUGAGUCAACCAGCAGGUGGCAGCAGAGAGCCUCUGACAACAUGAACACACCGUGUUUGAUCUGAUGCACAUUAACAGCAGAUAAACAAUAGAGUGCUCUGACUCUACAGGGUGGAUGGCAGCGUGUGUAACUGAUGGUUUCAUGAAGAGGAGGCUCUGUGAUGAACUCUUCCUCUGACAGGAUCAGUGCUGGGCUGUGAUCUUCCGCUGGAGCGUCCUUUCUGGGAUCCUGUGGCUCUGCCCUGCACACUGAGUGAGGAUACACCGCUCCCAGCUGCCAGCAGUGUGUGUGUGUGAGUGUGUGUGUGGCUUCACCACGUUUUGCACGGAGCAUCAGACCAACACCAGCUGACUGUUUUCACUCUGUCAGAUUCUUAAACGACGGAUUCAAGGAGGAAACUGAUGCAUUGAGUCAGUGAUGCACUUCCGUACCUGAUGGACCUGUGACCUGUGCAGAGGAUCAUACUACAUACAUGUUGUUGGAGCACAGCUGGAUGCAGAAUGAAUUUCGACCAGAUCCUGUCUGCCGUCGGAGGCUUCGGGAAGUAUCAGAAGAUCCUGUACGUGUGGAUCUGUUUGCCUCAGGUCCUCCUCGCCUUCCACAUGAUGGUGAGCAUCUUCACCGGAUCCACGCCGCCUCACCACUGCCGGGACAGCUCCAUCUCAGUGACCGGGAAUCAGUCCUCCUUCCCGGAUACACUGAGCCUCAACUUCAGCCUGUCGGAUCCCUCCCGCUGCUUCUCUGAGGUCCUGCAGGACAACCGGACCGAGCGCGUCCCGUGUGGCCACGGAUGGGUGUACAGCCAGGAGACCUUCCAGAGCACAACAGUCACAGAGUGGGACCUGGUGUGCGACAAAGCCGGACUGAACAGUCUGGGUUCGUCUGUCUACAUGUUCGGCCUGUUGGUGGGAUCGGUGCUGUUUGGAGCCAUGGCUGACAGGUACGGCCGACGUCUCAUCCUGCUGCUGUCCAUCGCUCUGCAGACUGUGUUUGGAGUCGCCGUGGCGUUUGCACCCAACUUCCCCGUCUAUGUGAUUCUUCGCUUUAUAGUCGGCACCACCAUAUCCGGAGUCAUCAUCAAUGCCUUUGUACUUGGCACUGAAUGGACGUGCACCAAGAGACGCAUGCUAGCAGGUAUCAUCACCGACUAUGCGUUUGGUCUGGGCUACAUGCUGCUAGCAGGCAUAGCGUACUUGAUACGAGACUGGAGGAAGUUGCAGCUGGCGAUAUCAGCCCCGGGCUUCCUGCUCAUCUUCUACAUAUGGGUGCUCCCUCAGUCUGCCAGAUGGUUGUUGGCCAACAACAGGAGGGAGGAAGCCAUCGCACUCCUCCGCAAGGCAGCACUGGUUAACGGCCGGGUCUUACCUCCUGCUGUACAAGUUGAAAAGUGUCAGAUUCUAAGUGAAGGGAAGCGAAGUCACUCAGCUGUGGAUCUCGUACGAACACCUCAGAUGAGGAAGAGGGCUCUCAUCUUAUUCUACAUCUGGUUUGUGAAUGUGCUGGUGUAUUACGGCCUCUCUCUGGGCGUGUCCAGGUUGGGGACAAACCUCUACCUGACCCAGUUUGUGUUCGGGCUGGUUGAGAUCCCAGCUCGUACCCUCGUCCUGCUCGUCCUGCCCUUCAGUCGCCGACUCUCCCAAAGUGGAUUCCUGGCUGUUGGAGGUCUCGCCUGUCUGCUCAUGCUGGCUGUGCCUGCAGAUCAUCCCAGCGUCCUGACUGCUCUUGCCAUGGCGGGGAAGUUUGGUAUAACAGCUUCCUUUGCUGUAAUCUAUGUGUACACUGCUGAGAUAUUCCCCACGGUGCUUCGGCAAACAGGGAUAGGUGUGUCCUGUAUGUUCGCGAGGAUGGGCGGUGUGUUAGCUCCCGUUAUAAACAUGCUCCAUAACCACAGCCCCACCACACCUCUGGUCAUCUUCGGUAUGUCCCCGCUGCUGGGUGCUGUCCUGGCCUUGGCCCUGCCCGAAACUGCCGACAGACCUCUGCCUGACACAGUGGAGGAAGCAGAGAGCUGGGACACCAGGAGCAAGGAGAACCCUGAGAUGUCUGAGGAUAUGAGCCAAUCAGCCAGAAGCGCGGAGCGGCAGGAGAUGCGUCUAACAAGCCAGGCCUGACUGCAUUUUAAAGACUACACACAUUCCAUGAGUCACGUUAAACAGCCUCAACUGUUUCCUGCAGAUACAGAACUUAAAGGUAACGUUGGUAUUUUUUAACCUGGAUCCUAUUUUCACGUGUGUGUGUGUCUAAGUGACCAGUGGAGACAACGGGUUUUGAAACUGGUCCAGUAUUGAGUGAGACUGAUGCAGGAGGUGGCUGCAAAACAGGCUGUAAUGUAACCAGUUGGGGCAUUUGUGCACCAUCAAUUUACGUCCACUAAACGUGCUUGUUUUCGUCACUGACAGGCUCAGACUGUUGUCAUAAGUGUCUGACAACAGAAAAACACCUUGUUAAAGAGUAAGAUCGUUUUGUUUAACCAGAAACAGCCCCAAAAUCACCAACGACCAUCCCACCAGGCUCCAUUUACAUAAUAAGUAAUUUUAGCGUGUAUAGAGGCAGCAUGUUUUCACAUCUUACCAGGUGAAUUAAAGGUUUACUUCAACCAAACCAGAGCUGGUGAUUGUUGGAACAGUGGAAAGACAAACCAAAACAGCUUUUGUGAGUCCUAUUUUGUGAUCUAGACUUUGAAUGAAGUGUGUUUUAUGAUGAUAAAAUUUGUGUUUAUUUAAAUGGAGUCUGGUGUGUUUGGUGAAGGCAAUUAGACGACAAUGGUUUCUCUAAAAACGGAAAAGUCUGUCCUUUGCGUUUUAGAAAACGUCUGCGUUUAUAUGACAACGUUAUUGAAACGAUCUCCGUUCACAUGGAGCCGCAAAAUCAGGUAAGGUAAGGCUGCAGUGCUGGAGGCUGCAGUUUUAGGACCGUUUAGUUUUCCGAGCGGAGGCUGCAACCUGAAGUUUAUUUUUAUUUUUUUGUUAUACCCAAAUACUACUUUCUUAUUAAAUAGUUAUAAUCAGUGUUGGGCAGUAACACGUAAUUUGAUUGAUGAAGCCCACGUAACUAUACAUUACCGUUGCCUGUCCUCUCCGCUCCUCUCACCCACACUUGAGCGUCUGUCCAGGGAGGGCUGCGGAGGUCAGGCCGGGCAGGCCGACGCUGUGUAUCCCAGAACAGGUGCUCAAGUGUGGGUGAGAGGAACGCAGAGGACCGCAACGAGGUGGAGUUGCCACAGUAGAUCUACACUUUGCUGAAGCGUUGAUAAAUUCAACAAGGUGAGCAGCACAAACAGAGCUCGGCAUUGUUGUUGUGAUGGUCGACUUUCUCGCGCAUGUCUAGUGACUGAAAAUUUUCAGAGGAACUGCAUAUUGCAAGUUUACUUGACAACGGAGGCAGUGCCGUUUCCAAAAAAUUGCACUCUGGAACCUGUUUUCAAAACAUUGCGUUUUCAGGCACCCAAAACGCAGCUGUCGUGUAAACGAUCGGCCAAAACGCAACUUAAGUUUACUGUUUUCAGUUGAAAUCGUUGUCGUAUAAACGGGACCUUAGAGACUGUUUCUGGUAAAAUAAAAAGCUCUAUCUCUGUAGGGAUCCUUUCCAUUAUGAUAAUGACACCAACAAUCUGAGCCUGCAAGUGGCAAAACUUUGAGUUGACAUAAACUGACAGUGCGCAGUUGCCCCACGUAGACACACUGUAGCCUGUUUCGCUGCUCCUGGCUUCAGCAGUCUCGCUCACCACUGGACCAGUUUACACACAGUUGUCACCUUUAGUCUCUUAGACACACAAACAUGGGAAAAAUAGAUUUCAGUUUGAAAAAUACCAAAGUCAUGCCUUAACAUAACGUCCUCUAUGCAAGACAUGUCAAGACCUGAUUUAUAGCUCUAUGCAUACCAACCUAACUAGCUCGGGCAACUGCACACACACACAAAGCAGUCAUUCAUACGUGCUGCCAAGGCAAAGUCACAGCAGAGAACAGUCUUCCUUUACAAUCUUGUGCAUUCCUCAAACAUUUACAUCUUUGUUCCUAUUUUGAGAAGUGGUUUGAUGUAUGUUACAUGUGUGGUUCUGCAGUCGUUUCCUUAACGACUCUGCAGAACCACAGAUUGCAUGUUUGUGUAUAUUUAUUAGAGGUGGGAACCAGAGGAUUCAUGAUACUAUUACUACACCAGUAUUGUGAUAAAAUAUACUGUGACUUAUUUCCUUUUUUAACUGUAAAUUAUGUCCUCAAAGGAAAACUUUGUCAACAUCUGUUUUUGGUCUGUUCAUGUCACUUCAGCAGCAGCAAAAUGUUUCUAGUGAACUAAAAACGCAAUUGAUUAUAUUAUUCUAGUUGGCCACCUAAAGUUUAACUUGUAUUCAUCAUAUUAAUAAUUAAUAAUUGGCACUGUGGUGAUAUGAUAUUACCUCACAAAGAUAUCACGAUACUAUGCUGUACUGAUUUUUUCCCCCGCUGCUAAUAUUUAUAAAUCUACAGACAUCAGCUCAGAGCUAUAAUUUCUAAUCCUCUGCUGAUUUGAAAGCAUCAAAUAGGUGGAGAGGAGAAGCAGAUAUUGUUAGGACUUCAUAUUUUUCAGGACCAAAGGGUUUCUUACUUUUUGUGGAUAAUAUUUUUGUAUAAAAGUACCACGUCUGUUGACUGUUUGCUGAAUAGCUUUGUUGUGUCUUAAUGCUGUAUCGAACAAAUAACUGCCUCAUUUUCUACAGAAAAAUCUAGUUUAGUGAGAAUGCCUGCACUAAUUAACUUAGUUAUGCUUAAUGUAGAAUUUGUUAGACUAAUGAACAGUGGCGUACAAAUGUUUGGGCACCAAUGGUCAACAUUUGAUUUACUGUGUAAAGCUAAGCGAGUAAAAGAUGAACUGAUUUUCAAAAAAAAACCAUGAAGUUAAAGAUGACACAUUUCUUCAAUAUUUUAAGUAAAUAUUUUAAUUCACUUUUUUGUUUCAAUGUUUUAUAGUUUGAAAAUGACAAAAAAUUAAAUUGCCUGAAGCAGAAGUUUGGGCACCCUAUAUGGUCAGUGCUCAGUAGCGCCCCCUUUGGCACUUUUUGUAGCCAGCUCAGAGUCUCUCAGUUCCUGUUUGGAGGAUUUCUUCUUGGGCCGUCUUCAUGCUCUGCUCUUUGAGCUCUAUCCACAGAUGUUUAAUGAUGUUUAGGUCGGGAGACUGUGAGGGGCGUGGCCAAACCUUCAGCUGGCUCCUCUUGAAGUCGUCCAUUGUGGAUUUGGAGGUGUGUUACGGAUCAUUGUCCUGUUGUAGAAGCCAUCUUUACAGAUGCUGUGACGUCUGGACUUAAACUGAAUCCAUUCUUCCCUCUACCUGUGAAAUGUUCCCCGUGCCACUGGCUGCAACACAAGCCCAAAGCAUCAUCCAUCCACCCCCGUGUUGAACAGUUUGUUCUCCAGACAUACCUCAAAGUUCUGUUUUACCUUCAUCAGUCCACAGGACUUGUUUCCAAAAAGCAUCAGGCUUGUUUCGAUGUUCCUUUGCAAACUUGAGGCCGAAUUUAGCGGCGAGGACACAGGAAAGGUUUUCUUAAAUCUUCCUGCAGGUCUUUUGCAGUCAAACAGAGGUUUUGAUUUGCCUUUCUAACAAUCCUACGAGCAGCUCUCUCACAAAGUUUUCAGCUUGACCUCCACAGUUCCUGUUAACGUCCAUUUCUUAAUGACAUGACCAACUGAGGAAACAGCUCCCAGAAAACACUUUGCUAUCUUCUUCUAGUCUUCAUCAGGUCUUUUAGUUUUCAGAGUGCUAGGCAGCUGUUUACAGGAGCCCAUGGCUGCUGAUUGUUGGGACAAGGUUUCAGGAGUCAGUUGAAAUAAGCAUCACCUGGCCUUUCCUAACGAUGACUGAACAAACCAGAUUCCUGGUCUGAGGUCAUAGUUAAAGUUGUCUGAGAGCUCAAAUGUUUUGGGUAGCCCAGACUUUUGCACGGUGCUCCUUUCUUUUUCUUUCACUCCAAACUUGUACAGAACAAAAAUAAGUCACUAAUCUUGCUGAAAAUGUUAAAAAGCAUGUUUCGUCUUUGACUUCAUGUCUUUUGGAGAUCAGUUCAUCUUCUAACUUUUCACAGUAAAGUAUAUUUCCACCAGGGGGGACCAAACUUUUGUACGCCACUGUUAUUGAGUUGUAGUUUUGUAUGGAAACUUUGGGAUGUGACUGUGAUCAACAUGUGAAAUAUUUAGUUUCAGCAUUGUUUGUUCUCUUUUUAUUACAUUGAAUUAUUCUUAGAUAUUUUAUGACUUGCUAUGAUGACUUGGAUCUGUUCAGUAUCUUUAUGGGCUGUUACUGUGUGUAUGAAUUUGAUACACAAAAAACCUCAAGGCAUGCACCAGAAGCGCAGACUGUGCAAUUUGCAAUGUCACUCAGGUAAAAUCUGUUUCUCUUCUUGCAAAUAUAUCAGAGGCCAGUAUGUUGUGAAUGCUUAUGAUCGAACAUAUUAUUCUACUGCAUGAGUUUAGAGAGCACGCCUGACUGUCUCACAGCCUGUGAGUGUUAGAUCAACCAGAGAUGUCACUGACGCUAGCAGAUAAAAAAAAACUUUACAUUUUUUAUUGUUUCAAAUUUGAAUGCAACAAAUGACAAAGGUUCAAGUGGAAAUGUGUCACAGACUGUACUUUGCACAACUGAAAUGAUGAAGGCAUUGUAGCUGUGAGCCAAUAAACUUGUACCAUGUUUGAAAGGCGUCUUGUUCUGUGUGCAGCAUCUUAAUUCAACAUUUAACACGUGAUUCUCACCGAGCAGC